CUUUGGGUGUUGUAAGGUUCAAAAUGACCUGGAGUUUCGAAUUGAUCGCCAAGGUGACAUCGUUGCUAUGCCUUGUUUUUACGAUCUUAGUGUAUCUUAUGGUUAAGAACCUUAGGAAUGUUCUAGGCAAGUGCCUUAUUAGUAGCCUGAUCUGUCUCGGCGUGAUUUGUUUUAUUAAGGUUGCGAUCGAUUUCAAUGGAGAUUACACUAUAUUUAUGGUUGUAUAUUUCUGGAGUAUUGCCUAUAGUAUCUGGAACUAUGUCAUCAGUUUUCAUCUAUGGACCAUUUUAAGUUCGCCAAAUCGCGAUGAGCCUCGUUAUCAGUUCCUCAUAUAUAGUGCCUUUGUCUGGAUCGCCGCAUUUAUCUUUACUCUAGUCACAUAUUUCCAGCAAAUAAGUGACUAUGGCCUGCCCGUCUUCAAUAUUAUAAUGAGGCUGACGAUAUGGAUAAUAGCAGCAUGUAGUGUGAUAACUUUUUUUCGGACCUCAAUUUACAUAUGGAAAGUCAUGAGGAAAAUGAAUACGCUCACAGUCGAGGAGAAGAUGAUGACGAACUACCUGAAUUUUGAUAGUGAGACUAAUAUACAGUUUAUGUGGAUUUUUUUCAUUACGGGCAUAUUUUGGGUCCUGGAUGUCACUUGUUUGUUUUUGUCCUUUUUCUGUUUAAAGUACAUUAACGACUUAUUGGACAACUUCCAUUUAUACUUUGGCAUAAUCAUUUUUGUAGUGCUUAUUCCUAAGCGUAGCAUCGUGAAAAUGCUUAUGGACAGCAUUCGAAAAACGCCAAAGGAGCAGUGUGUCCGGGAAAGCAUCGGCUUAAAUAAUUUAAGUUUAAAACACUGAUCAUAAAUGCGAAUUU